GCGGCGGCGGGCGGCGGGGGCCACGUCAGCGGGGCGGCCCGGGGCUUUGGGGCAGCGGGGCGGCGGGCGCCAUGCGGCGGGGCGCGCUCCUGGCGGGCGCCCUGGCGGUGUACGCCGUGUACCUGGUGCUGGGCGCGCUGCUGGUGGCGCGGCUGGAGGCGCCACACGAAGCCCGGCUCCGAGCCGAGCUGGGGACGCUGCGGGAGCAGCUGCUGCGGCGCAGCCCGUGCGUGGCGGCGCCCGCCCUGGACGCCUUCGUGGAGCGGGUACUGGCGGCCGGGCGGCUGGGGCGCGCCGUGCUGGCCAACGCGUCGGACCCCGCCAACGCCUCGGACCCCGCCUGGGACUUCGCCUCCGCGCUCUUCUUCGCCAGCACGCUGGUCACCACCGUGGGCUAUGGCUACACGACGCCGCUGACGGAUGCGGGCAAGGCCUUCUCCAUCGCCUUCGCGCUGCUGGGCGUGCCGACCACCAUGCUGCUGCUCACCGCCUCGGCCCAGCGCCUGUCGCUGCUGCUCACCCACGCGCCCCUGUCCUGGCUGACCCUGCGCUGGGGCUGGGAGCCCCGACGGGCCGCGCGCUGGCACCUGGUGGCCCUGCUGGGAGUCCUGGUGACCGUCUGCUUUCUGGUGCCCGCUGCCAUCUUCGCUCACCUGGAGGAGGCCUGGAGCUUCCUGGACGCCUUCUACUUCUGCUUCAUCUCGCUGUCCACCAUCGGCCUGGGCGACUAUGUCCCCGGGGAGGCCCCUGGCCAGCCCCACCGGGCCCUCUACAAGGUGCUGGUCACAGCCUACCUCUUUCUGGGCCUGGUGGCCAUGGUGCUGGUGCUGCAGACUUUCCGCCACGUGUCUGACCUCCACGGCCUCACCGAGCUCAUCCUGCUGCCCAGCCCGGGCCCCGCCAGCCUCGGCGAGGACCAGGACGAUCAGGUGGACAUCCUGGGCGCCCAGCCCGCGCUGCACCAGCACCUCUCUGCUGGCGCCCACACCGACUACGCCUCCAUCCCCAGGUAGCCGGCAGCUGGCGGGACCGCACGUCCUGGCCGCAGGGACCUCUCUGCCACCCGGGCCCCCUGGCUCCAGCGUGGCUCCCCUCCCUCGCCUCCCUCCCCGCACUCUGCCCUCCCCUUGUGCCUCGGCUCCCAGGCUCCAUCUGUCCCUCGUUCAGCCACCAGUCGGGUGCAGACUCUGGUCCUGGACCUAUUUCCGUCGCCAGUCAGGCGACAGCCCUCUCUGAGCCUUGGUUUCCUCCUCAGAGGGCAGGAGGAUGUCCAUUCAUCCCAGACCCCAUCUGCACUGGCCGGGGCUGCACAGUGCUGGGGACACCGUGGUAGUGGAGGUGGCCCUGGGCCCUGGUGAGGUGGACAGACCUGUCCCUGCACAGGGGACAUCUGGAUAGGCAGGGCCGGGCGGCAGCAGCAGAGCCACUGGGUGAGCUGGAGAAAGCACGGCCAGGGCCGAGGCGGGCAAGCGCUGGGCUGGUGUCCGGCUGUCGCUGGAAGGUCAGGAGAGCCUUGUGGAGGAAGGGGCAGCAGCACCGAGACCCAGUGUGAGCCAAGGUCAGAGGAAGGCGUUGUCCGCGACUCGCCUUCUCAGGCACCUCCAGGGACCAGGGCCAGGCCUGCUCUCAGCCCGCGCCCCGUUCACGGAGCGCGAGGUCCACGUCUCGGCCUCGGCCUGCGGCCAGCUGCUCAGGCUCCCGUCUGACGGGGCCGUGUCCUGCCUUGUCCUCGGGCAGCUGCUCUACCUCUCGGACUGUUUCUCUGAAAUGGCGGCCACGACAGCACCACUUCCAGGGGGCUGGCCUGUCACCUGCCACACUCUGGGCCAGGCUGUCUUCCGGAUGCUCUGUGGAUGAGGACAGGACACGGUUAUCCCCUCUCCACAGCUGAGGACGCUGAGGCAGGGGAGGGUGGCGAGGAAGCCACCGGCUUCAGGGCCAGGCCUGGGGACUCUGCUGCUCCUGAGGUGGUCUGUGGCAGUAGCCGGGGUGCCAGGGGCCCUCCACUGAGCGGCCCUCCUCACCCUGCCACACCCCGUGGAGGUCUCCGAAGGAGCCGGCGGGCAAUGGAGCCGGUGGGGCCGAGCAGGCAGAAGCGAGGGCUGCGGAGGCCGGGUGGGGAGGCAGGUGGGGCCGCAGCUUCUGGCCGCUGUGCCUGGAGUGAGGCCGGAAGGGGCAGGAGCUGGUCUGUGUCCUGGAGUGGCGAGCCUGGGGCAGCCUCAUCCCAGGACGCGGGAGAGGCACCGAGGGGCUUGGGAAGGUCCCCUAGCUGCGUGUGCAGGGAGGAGAGUGGGGGAGGCUGGGGAGAGCCCAGGGAGAGUUUGGCUGGGCAGGGCCACGGAGGUGGGGAGGCCCCCAGCCAGCGGGUGGCUCUGCAGCCUGGGAGGGCGAGGUCCGAGGCCAGCUGUGCCUGGGGACCUGAGGGGAAGCGGAGCUGGGGGGACGUCAGUGGCUGUUUUAACAUCUGGUGAGUAUGAGGGGCUUCAGGGACACCCCAGGGGUGUCGCAGGGCCCUGGGGCUAGGGCUCAGUGGGUGGUCAGAGUUGGAGACAGAGAUGAAGGGACUGAGGCUGUAGGAGGAGUGAAGAGAGAGGCAAUCAGCCUUAGGGUGUUUGUAUAUUCCUAUCACUUAGGAAGGAUUUUGGCUUUUCCCGGGUUCUAGCAGAACCAGGCCUGGCACUGCUGGAGUAGGAUGGAUUUGUUAGAUUGCACUCAGCAGAGUGGGGGAGAUCUCUGAGUUGGGGAGAUCUCUGAGUUGGGGAGAUCUCUGGAAGGACCCAGGGCCCCUGUGUCUCUGCUCUGCCAUCCUCAGCUGAAGGCUUGACUCACGUGUCCUCCCCUCAUGGUCCCAAAGUGGUUGCCAUAGCUCUAGGCACCACAAUUGGCAUGAUCAUUUCCAGGAAGCAAUGACCCUUCAAUAAAUGUCCUGAUAAAAAGAGCACACAAAGGAGACAGAAAGGGAGUGUAGGACGAAGAGGAGUAAGGAGAACCAGGAAGGUGGACAGUACUGGUAAGAAAAGAGAAUUUUAAGCUCUUCAUGAUUGUCUUAAUAAGUGAUAGAAAAUACAGAGGGUUCACCAUGUGCCAGGCACAGCUCUAAGCCCUUGACACCUUCAACCCUCUUGGCAAGUCUGUGAGUUAUGAACAUUCUCCACUGUUUACAGGUAAAGCAAAGCGGCUCAGAGAGGUUAAGUAACUUGCCCAAAGUCACACAGAAAGUGCAAAACUUGGAUUUGAACAGGCUCUUGGUUGGUCAUCUUUUCCUAUGGGAGCUCAGAAACAUCCACUGUGCAGCUCCUUCUCAGCUUCCCAGCCUUCUGGGCUUCUUAUGAAGGUCAUAUUGGAUCUUGGUGCUUAAAUCAGGAUGGACGGUUGGGGCAGCUGCUUCUCAUCUUCUUGAGGGAGCUACUUGUGUACUCUGGCUUCCACUCCUUGCUCCUUCUCUUUUCAGAGUCCUCUAGGAAGAAACACCAGGUCCUGUUCCAUUCAAUAGAAAACAAAAAAAGUACCAUGCUAAAAGUUCCAAAGGGAAGCUGGGCACGGUGGUGCACGCCUGUAAUCCCAGCACCUCGAGAGGCUGAGGCAGGAGGAUCGAGAGUUCAAAUCCAGCCUAAGCAACUUAGCAAGGCCCUGUCUAAAUAGAAUAUAAAAAGAAUUGGGGAUGUGGCUCAGAGGUUAAGUGCCCCUGGGUUCAGUCCCCGGUACAGAGAGAAAGAGAGGAGAGGGGGAGAGAAAGGGAAAAAAGAAAAGUUCCAGCGUGCCCAAGAGUGUCUAGAGGACACAGAGCCUUCCCCCUGCACUCCGCCGUGAUGGUUUCUUGGGUCUCCUUCCAGGAUUAGUCUCCAUGUGUACCAGCGAUGUGCAUGUGUGCAUCCUUUAUUUUCCAUUCUACACAAGUGGUACCUAAUGUAUUGAGGUGGUAAGAAUUACACUUUCUCUCUCCUGAGCUGGGUGACCUUGGGCAGGGGAUGUCCCCUCUGGUGCCUCGUUAGCUCAUUUGUGAAAUAGGAGGCAAACAGCAUCUACCUCGGGGACCUGAGCAGCCAGCAGCUUACCACCUGAUGUGGACUCAAUAAAAUGUUGCCUAAUUAUUGCUGCUGUUCUCAUUUUUUUUAAAAUAUUUUUUUAGUUGUCAAUGGACCUUUAUUUUACUUAUUAAUAUGUGGUGCUGAGACUCAAACCCAGUGCCUCACACGUGCUAGGCAAGCGCUCCACCACUGAGCCCCAACCCUGGCCCUGCUGUUCU